AUUCUCUAACCAGUAUAUAAACACUUUCUUCCUCAUCCAUUCUUCACCUCCAUCUCUUUCAUUUCUCCAUCUCUUCACCAGCGUAGAGAAAAUUUGAGGAAGAUGAACAGUCGGCCAGGAGAUUGGAAUUGUCGGUCAUGCCAGCAUCUGAAUUUUCAGAGGCGAGAAUCGUGCCAGCGGUGCGGCGAGUCUCGCUCCGGUGAGUUUGGGGGAUACGGUGGGAGGUCAGGUGGUUCAUCAUUCGGGUUCAUAACCGGGUCGGAUGUUCGACCCGGGGACUGGUACUGCUCCGCCAUGAACUGCGGCGCUCAUAACUUCGCCAGCCGAUCCAGCUGCUUCAAAUGCGGUGCGUUUAAGGAGGAUUGCGGCGGAGGGUUUGAUGGUGAGAGUAUCCCGCGCGCCAGAGGGUCAGCUUUUGGUGGGUCUGUUAAUCGCUCUGGAUGGAAAUAUGGAGAUUGGAUCUGUACUAGGUCAGGUUGCAAUGAGCACAACUUUGCUAGCAGAAUGGAAUGCUUCAGAUGCAAUGCUCCAAGAGACUUCAGCCUAGCCAGAACUUCAUACUAAUUUCUUCUUCCAUUUUUUGGGUGUUUUGCAGAGAGAGUAUGAAAAUGAGGAGAGCUGCUACUUUUUGGUGAUUAGUUUUGGGUGAUUGUAGGGUUUUGUUGUUGGGUUGGAGUUAAUCUACUUUGGCAUAUUUAAUUCCAUAUAAAAUUAACAUCAA